AUGUAUGGGGCGAGGCUAUCGCGGUGGGCUGGCCGCCGUGCUACUCGAAAACUCAUAAAGGACGUUCGACUCGUCAAUAUCCUCUCUGGCGAUGCAUGCAGCCCUCUUGGGCUGGAGGAGUUCGAAGCGUAUGUUGCGUUGCAGGAGCACUCGUUGGAAAAUUUGCAGUUCAUAAUUUGGUACCACGACUACCAACAACGGUUCUUUUCUCUCGACACCCAGGAACAAGCGCUUUCUCCCUCUCUCGCAAAAUAUGAGGCUCACCUCGUCUUGCCUGCGCCCAACACCAAGGCACCUAUUCCGGAUUCUCCCCGCUCGUCCGGUUGGGCGUUGUCUCCAAUAUCAUCUUCCCCAACUACCACCUCCUGGUCCUCCUGGUCUCCCAUUUCUGUUCCCUCCCCGAUCGCGGUCCCGCUCAAAGACCAACCGUUCCGGAAUGAAAUACUUCAAAUAGUACGCGAUCGGUAUUGUGUUCACCCUAAUUUCUUGGAUCAUCGCAAUAUUUACCAUAUGCUUUAUUCCCGACAACCUCGCUCUAAACGCUCUAUUCGACUUGUAUCUGUCCCUUUUGCUGUAUUAGGAUGCAUGCAGAUCUAUUCAGCCUGGCGAGGUUUCUGCUCACAAGUAUUCGGCCGCUCUGCCCGACAACUUCGCGCAUGGGAACUCGUCGAUCCGGCUGAUGCGGGGGUUUCUUUCCAAAUUACAGAUCCCGUCCCUUCGCUCCCACCCAAACCUCCUCCACUUAGGACAGUGCUGGAUAUAGCGGCAGGAACGAAGAAGCAUGUCGUGGCGCCGUUUGUGAACCUACCGAGCACCUCUUCAUUGGAAAUGGUUAGCAUGACACCGACGAUCGGUUCCCCCUCGCCGUCUGGACCGCGAAUCGUGUUCACGGAUCCCGAGCCUCGAGGUCGCGGUGGUGGUCGAGCGGCUUUCCGGCGUCCAGCGGUAUAUGGGCCCGAGCGAGUUGUGGAAGAUCCACGCAUUCGGGAAUUUCACCAAGGUGUUAUUCGGGACAUGUUGUGGGUGGGGUUUGGUUGGGGGUUGGCUUGGACGGGUAUCGUGGUUGGAAUUCCAGGAAGGGGUGAAAGUUUAGGCAGCUUUAGAAUCACCGUUGAAAGGGAGGAUCUAUCACCUGUAAUAUGUUUGUAUGGUUAA